UCCAACUAAAUCGGCACCGAACUUUUCUUACCAAUUUCUCCUGCCCUACGCACGCCUGGAAAUACGUUGCAAACUCGCAAAUCCAACGAUGAACGGCGCACCGCAAUCGCCCGAGGAUAUCGACCUCUACGAAAUCCUCGGCGUCCCCAAAGAUGCCUCGCAGGCAGACAUCAGAAAAGCCUACCGGAAGCAGGCGCUCGCAAACCAUCCUGACAAAGUCCCGCCCGAGGAGCGAGAAGAGGCUGAAGCUCGCUUCAAGGCCGCUAGCCAAGCCUACGAAAUCCUCUACGACGACGAAAAGCGACAUCUUUACGAUGCACAAGGGAUGGCGGCCUUCAAUGGUGGAGGAGGUGGAGCGGGUGCGGAGGUCAACAUGGAAGACAUCCUAAACAUGUUCGGCAUGGGCGGCGGUAUCCCUGGCAUGGGCGGUAUGGGCGGUAUGCCCGGUAUGGGCCGCAGGAAGAUGCGACGAAGCCCGGAUGAGAAUCAGAAAUACGAAGUCACUCUAGAAGAUCUGUACAAGGGAAAGACGGUCAAAUUUUCCAGCACGAAAAGUGUCAUUUGUUCCAAGUGCAGUGGCAGUGGUGGCGUGGACAAGGCUAAGCCCAAGGAAUGCUCUUCUUGCAAAGGUCAAGGUGUCAGGCAGAUUUUGAGCCAGGUUGGACCCGGCAUGUUGACUCAGCGUAUGGUCGAAUGUGGGGCAUGUGAAGGGACGGGUGAGGUCUGGAAUCCAAAGGACAAAUGUAAGAAGUGCAAGGGCAAGAAAGUCACGGAAGAGAGGAAGCAGCUUGAACUCUACAUUCCUCGGGGUGCGAAAGAAGGUGAUCAGAUCAGACUGGAAGGGGAAGCCGAUCAGGUCCCUGGUGCUGAAGAGACGGGAGACAUCAUCUUCCAUCUCGUCGAGCAGCCGCACGAUACCUUUCAACGUACCGGAAAUGAUCUCUCUGCUAAGCUGGAGAUCAGUCUCGCAGAGGCCUUGACGGGUUUCCACCGCGUCGUCAUCAAGCACCUUGAUGGCCGUGGUAUCGAGCUGCAUCAUCCCCAGCUCCCGGGCCAAGUCCUUCGACCGGGUGAAGUUCUCAAAGUCCCUGGUGAGGGUAUGCCAUUGAAGAAAAGCGACGCAAAGGGAGAUCUGUUCUUGGUUGUCGAAGUGCUAUUCCCUGAAGAUGGCUAUUUCACUGAUCCAGCUGCUCUCGAGGGUUUGCGAAAGUUGCUCCCCGGACCGCCUCCAGCCAUCGAAGCGGAAGAGACUGAUGAAGUUCCGUUCGAGAUCGCUGAUAUUGAUGACAUUGGUGGUCAAGAAGCCCAUAACGCCUGGGAGGAUGACGAGGGUCCUCAACAAGCUCAAUGCCAGACCCAGUAAACCAAUACACACGGCAUGACGUGACGAGUUAUGAGGUUCCGAAGAUGAAAGAAGAAGAUGGUCUCUAUUAUCCGCAGAGAUCCACGGCAUUAGACGGCGUUCAGGGUUUCAAAAGCAUUUUUGCGGCGUUGAAUAGAUACGGCAAUGGAUUGAAUGGCCAGGAGACGUCGACCAUUUCCGGCCAGUGAUGAUAUCGAGCUUCGACCAAGCACGACCUGAACUGGGCCCUGGAUGGUAGGGUGCUAGAGGAGACCAGAGAUCGUGCCACAAUGUUUUUGGUCAUGAAAUCCAUGCAUACUCUUCACAGUCAAGAAAGAUGUUCAUUCUGUACUGAAAGUAAAGUGUUUCUAUCAGCGUUGCUCAUCACUGAUCAAACCCUUGAUAUAAUUAUCUAGUCUCCUUUCCUGACG